AUGCCCAUUCCGGAAAUCGAAAAUUCGAGCAUUGAAAGUGAACAAAUUAAACAGCACCACGGAGAAAUUAUCUACGAGCCUGAUGGAUUUCUUACCAAAAUUCAUCGAAAAGACAGCCAGUUGAAUCGAAGAAUAGUCAACACCUAUACUGGUAUGUGGAAGGAGGACGGAACGGAUUCAUCGAGCAAAGAUGAAUCGAUCGAAAAAAGACGCGAGAAUGCUCAGGAGAUGACGAACGCGUUCUACGACAUUGUCACCGAUUUUUAUGAAUAUGGUUGGGGAGAAUCUUUCCAUUUCGCUCGCACCUGCAAGGGGGACACGUUUGAACAAUCCAUCAAGCGUCAUGAACAAUAUCUCGCCUUGAAACUUGGGUUAAACGAGAAACACACGGUUCUCGAUGUUGGAUGUGGUGUUGGAGGUCCAAUUCGCGAGAUUGCAAGAUUGACAGGCUCCAAUAUUACCGGCAUUAACAACAAUGGGUAUCAGAUUGAAAGAUGCAAAUUCUACUCCAAGAAAUUGGGACUCGGUGAAAAGACCAACUUUAUAAAAGGUGACUUUACAACAAUGCCAUGUGAGUUCAACGGUAAGUUCGACUCCGCAUACGCGAUCGAAGCCACGGUUCAUUCCCCGAAACUUGAGGCGGUCUACGGUGAGGUGUUUCGUGCUCUGAAGCCCGGUGGUCACUUUGCCACUUAUGAAUGGGUCACCACACCGAAAUACGACGCAAAUAAUCCGGAACACGUUCGCAUCGUACGCGGCAUCGAGGAAGGUAAUUCGAUUCCUUCCUUGAGUUCAUACAAACAGGCGCUCGAUGCUGCGAGGAACGUUGGUUUCGAAGUGCUCGAGCACGAAGAUUUGUCCAUUUUAUCCGAAUAUCAUGAACCCUGGUACUCCACCUUGAAGGGGAGCUUUUCUUUGACCGGAUUUAGGAUGUCCCGUAUAGGAAGAUGGGUAACUCACGGGUUCGUGUCUUGCCUCGAAUUUCUUCGCAUUGCUGCACCCGGUUCCUCUGACGUAGCAAGUUUCCUCAACAGCACAGCCGACGCUCUGGUAGAAGCGACUAAGCUUGGUGCCAUUGUGGCCGGCCAGACAUCGGUGAAAGAGCCCGAGAUAAAAGCUUUCGAGAAGUAUCUUCCCGAAGAUGUGCAUAUAGUUUCAUGUCAUUCUCUACACGGACCCACCGUAGACCCUCGGGGGCAACCACUGGUCAUAAUCAAACAUCGGGCUUCCCAAGAAAGAUUUGACUUAGCUGUUCGCGUGUUAUCGUGCUUGGAGUCUCAAAUUGUCGAGUUAUCAUACGAGGAACACGAUCGUAUUACCGCAGAUACCCAAGCUGUAACCCACGCGGCUUUCUUGAGCAUGGGCACCGCUUGGAAAACUCAAAGACAAUUUCCAUGGGAAGUGCCGCAAUAUACAGGCGGUAUUGAGAACGUCAAGGUUCUCAUGGCAUUGAGAAUCUAUUCGAAUAAGUGGCAUGUUUACGCCGGAUUGGCGAUCAUGAACCCAAGCGCCCGAUCACAAAUCAAGCAAUACGCCCAAUCCGUGUCAGAUCUAUUCAAACUAAUGAUUCAGGAAAAGGAAGAGGAAUUUACGAAACGCGUGAAAAUGGCAGGCGAAUACGUUUUUGGCAAACCUACCGAUUCGCCGCGAGAACCGAUGCUGCUAUCAGAUUCCAUCCUAGAUGAAUUCUCAUUGUCAAGCGUUCCGAAGGCAAAAAGAAAACCAAAUUCACAUUUAUCAUUAUUGGCGAUGUAUUUAUUUCGUAACUCGGAAAUGUUGGACGAGGCCAUCAACGCAGCACUUUACAGCAAAGACAUCCGAGCAGAUGAUAUGGAAUUCUAUAGUGCAUCUAAAGGAUGGGCCGAAUGUGUUGAAAUUGGUAGCAUGAUAACAUAUCAAAGACGUUUCGAAGAUACCGCCAAAUUUUUUGAACCCAG